GAGUGGAAUGACACCGCAUCACAGAUUCGGCGCGUGGUUGAGCCGGUCUUCGUGCAGCUGAGAUGGGGGGACAAGGUUCUGGUAGAAACGGAGCAGAUCCUCGCAGAUGGCCGCCCGCGCCAGAGGAACAUGCUCUUAGCUGAGAAGAAGAGCCCGGAUGACGUGGACAUCGAGCAUUCUGCUCUGCGAGGAGUGAAGGAAGAGCUGCUGGAGAAUGUCGAGGGCUGCCAGAUAGAUGUGCUUCGACAUCUCCGCUUCAUGCAGGAGGCUUACUGCUGCGUUGCCGAGAACUUGGAGUCAAACUCCUUCCCAGGACUUCCUUGUGUCUACAUCACUCACUACUGCGGAGUUCAGAUCCUCGACCAUGCCUUGCCGCUCUUCAAGGACAUUGGCUUCCUCGAGACCGACUUCGAGACCAAGGAAUCUGACGGCAAGAUCAACAAGUGGCGCUGGGUGGAUGUGAGCAAAGCCCGCACUGACAAGGUGAAAGGAUUCCCCAAGUUGGAGGAAGAUGGUGAUGGCAAGGAGCAGGCAGUGGUGGGUCUUUGGCAGCAGCUUGAGACGCCCCGCGACGUGGGGGAUCUCCGUGUAGUCCUGGAGAUGGGUGGCGUGAACGUCACGACCUGGGGAAUGUACACGGAAGAGUCCCUGAAGUGCCUCUUGAACGAGUUGAAGAUUGGAGCAUCUACCCUGGAGCGCGACGACAUUUCUGGGAAAGUUCGUCGUGCCAUUGGCUCGAAUAUGGUGCAGCUGAAGAUUGAAGAGGCCUUUGCCGGUCAGCAAGGUGCGGGUGGCUUUGGUCUGGGAGACGCGCGGAGCAUGGUGCAGUUCCGGCCAGAGAAGGGCGUUUGGGAGGUGGUGCAAAGCGACACCUCAUCGUACCCUGGCCUGCCCUGCUGCUACCAGACCCGGCUUGUGCAGUUCGAUGGCCAGCAGCCUGAAAUCCCUCGCAAGAUGCCUUCAGAUGCCAGCAUGAACGGGCUGCCCAAGGUUCGCCGGCCUUCCCAAAACAGCCUGCCAGGUGCGCUGAGCACUUUGACUUCAGGCCCCUGCAGCCCCAAGAGCCAGCAAAGCAUCAGCUCCAUCCCAGGUUCUCUCCUCAGUGAGAGCCCUGUCCGGUCGAGGGCCAAGCCAGAGCCCUCGCAGGACGUCAUACAGGAAGUGCCCGACCAGAACAUCAUUGGCUCUGGUCUCUACAUGCAAGUGCUCAACAUGCACAAGGACCUCCGCUUCCGCAUGGUUGCCAAGGAGUCCUCUGAGAAGGCACCACCUCCGGCCUCACAGGCCGUUGCAUGUUCUUGCGAGAUCCUGUUGAUCCGCAACAUCAACCCGCUCACGGCCACUUACCAAUGCCGCUUCUUUGUCUUCCUCGAGUGGUUUGACCCCGCUGCAGUUGGCAUGGCGCUGGGCGACGUGUCAGAGGAAAAUCGAAAGAAACUCUCAAUCCCGGAGAUUGGCCUGCAGAACACGCUGAAAACAGGCUUGGAAAUCCACUCCCCGCCAGAGAUCAUCCAAAGCGAGCGCGGGCACGUGGCUGCGAAGAUCCUCUACCAGGCAAUCAUGCAAAUGGAGAUCGAUAUGCGAUUGUUUCCCUUCGACACCCAGCGGCUUAACAUCGUGCUAGGCCUUCGUGCUCGCCGUGAUCGAGACCGCGCGAUCUUUUGCAGGUUCUGCCAUGUCGACAGCCAAAUUCGGCUGGAUGAAUGGUCCAUCCUUGGCACCUAUUUCGAUUCCGAUCGCCCAGACGGCCGAGCACGGGUGCAGUUUGGAGUCAUCAUCGGCCGUGGCUACAUGUACUACGUCAUGAAUGUGCUCAUCACGCUGUGUGCCAUUGCAUCAUCUUCUUUUGCCGGAUACUUUCUCCAGGUGACACCACCCUUUGACCGACUGCGCUUCGGCGUUUCGAUCCUGUUUGCGCAGACCACUUUCCGUUUAUCUAUUGACAGCAAGCUGCCCAUCGUCGCGUACGCAACAGCCUUCGAUCACUUCGCGAUGUGCUGUCAGCUGCUGCUGCUUUCGAUGAUUGUUGGAGAUGUUUUGGUGGCAAUGCUGGCAGACAGGUGGUUUCACUUCGGUGGCCCAGAGAUCGCAGCUUUGGUUGACAAGGCCAUCUUUUUCACGCUGUUGCCCAUGUGGAUCCUUGCGCUCUCCAUCUUCAGCAUCUGGGUGGUCAGGACGCGGCGCAAGACAGCCCAGGCCAAGCGGUGCACCGAACCGGAUGUGGCAGCCCAGGCGCUGAACAGCGGCGAGCUGGCGUCCUCAAGCGCUUCCUCGGAUGGCCAGGUUCCUAAUCCAGGAGACUUUUCGGAGGAAGCUCAGGAUCAAAUGGCCCGGCUGAAGAAUCGCCUUCGUUACACAUCUGCACGGCGCUUGUCACCCACCAUGCAGCACCUCUCCAGUGAAGCUGUGGCGGUAUCGGCAACUAUCUGGUUCCUACACGAUAUCGAUCCCAUCCAGGCCCAGUAUGAGUGCAAGUUCACUUUGUAUGCAGAGUGGCUCAGCCAAGCCGCUGUUGGUAUGGCUGCUGGAACGCGGCUUGCCAAAGAGGACUUGGUGCGAGACCACCGAAUGCCGGAGAUCGACGUUCACAACAAGGUGGAGCUAUCUGUGGAGGAUGGCCCCAGCGCCAUUGUGGCAGACUCUGAAACUGGAAGGAUUGUCAUGUGCGCUCGCUAUAUGACCAAGCUUCAGCUGCGGCUCAAGCUAACGAACUUCCCCUUCGACUGCCAGAGCCUUCCCAUCGACUUCACGAUGCCAGCGGAGAAGGACGUGAACCGCGCGUUCGUUUGCCGCAGCGUGGAGCUGCAGCCCUUGGCCAGGAGCCUGGAUGAGUGGACAGUGCAGGGCACCUGGAGCAGCUGCGACUUCCACGAGGGCAUGAGUGCGGCAAGCAUGUACAUCGAGGUGAAGAGAAAGUCAAAGUACUACGUGGUGUCCGUGCUGGGUGUGAUGCUCGGAAUCUCCAGCCUCGUAUUCACUGUCUUCGCCAUCCAAGUGGAUUCCGCUGGGAAAGGAUUUGAUGAUCAAGGUCGGAGCGGAUGGGAUCUUGAGCGGUUGUUUUAG